UUUCUGAAGCGAAGAGGCUGCUAUAAAAGCCUUCACAAACCCUAACGACACUUCUUAGUCACCUGAGCUGCCCCCUGCGUAUCAAGAACCCUAAAGGUAAGCCAUGGUGAAGCACAACAAUGUUAUCCCUAACGGACACUUCCGUAAGCAUUGGCAAAACUAUGUGAAGACCUGGUUCAAUCAACCAGCAAGGAAGACCAGAAGACGGUUAGCUCGCCAGAAAAAAGCUGUGAAGAUCUUUCCCAGGCCUACUGCUGGACCUCUCAGACCAGUUGUUCAUGGGCAGACUUUGAAAUACAACAUGAAAGUCAGAGCUGGCAAGGGAUUUUCUCUUGAAGAACUGAAGGCUGCAGGUAUUCCGAAAAAGCUAGCUCCAACCAUAGGCAUUGCUGUUGAUCACCGUCGCAAGAACCGUUCCUUGGAGAGUAUGCAGGCUAAUGUUCAGCGGCUGAAAACAUACAAGGCCAAAUUGGUUGUGUUCCCAAGACGUGCACGCAAGGUUAAGGCUGGUGAUUCUACUCCUGAGGAACUUGCAAAUGCCACCCAAGUUCAGGGUUCAUGCUUGCCAAUUGUGAGGGAGAGGCCAUCAGUAGAGCUUGUUAAGGUUACAGAUGAAAUGAAGGCAUUUAAGGCUUACUACAAGCUUCGUCUUGAACGCACAAACAAAAAGCAUUAUGGUGCUAGACUCAAGAAGGCUGCUGAGGCAGAAAAGGAAGAAAAGAAGUAAUGACCCUCCGGGAUCAGAUUUUGUUAUCAAUCAAUAUUAUAGUUGUUGCAAGACACGAUUAUGCCUGAGAUUAGUUUUGCGGAUAACAUGGAUCCUUUACUCUUUUUUGAAUAUUGAAGUUUGUUGGUUUCUUUAGUGCACUA